CUGUAACAUCUCAGUGCAGAGCAAUGGCUCAAUCAAUUCGUUUGGUUUUGAUUAUAGCAUGUUUGCAAGGAUUUAUAUACAUCGUUCAUAGCAAGUGUGACGGCAAAUGCGUUCCCCUCGCCGAGUGUAAAAGCAAUGAUUUUGGUGGUGAAAACUUUUUUGAUCUUCGGGCUGGAAUAGAUGACGAAGUAGAGGUUGAUUGUGAUCAUUAUCUGGAAGUCUGUUGCGAUAUCGAGGAUGUGGUUACUACAUCGAGGCCGAUUGAUCCAGUCUCAGCAGCGCCAAGAGAACCCCCACCAAGUGGAGGCCCCCCAACGAUUGAAAACUGUGGUAAGCGAAACGGUCAUGGAGCUGGAUUUAGAAUUAAAAACGCCCAAAACGAGGCCGAGUUUGGUGAGUUUCCCUGGAUGGUUGCCAUUUCCUCCGGAAAUGGAUUUGAUGACAGCGAUAGCAAAUACAUUUGCGGAGGAUCGCUUAUCAGGGGUGAUGUUGUGUUAACUGCUGCACACUGCGUUGUAAAUCGAACUACAGAAAAACUGACUGUGAGAGCUGGAGAGUGGGACACGAAAACUACCAAUGAAAUCCUUCCAUAUCAGGAUCUUCUUGUAACAAAAAUUGUUGUUCACGAAAAUUAUAAUCCAGUUUUUCAUUUCAAUAAUAUCGCUCUCCUGUAUCUGGAGCGGGAAUUCGAUGCAGACGAACAUGUUCAGUUAAUCUGCUUGCCACCGCAAGGGAAGCAGUUUGAUGGACAAAACUGUGUGGCCACCGGCUGGGGAAAGGACAAUUUCUAUUCCGAAAAUUAUCAGGUGAUUCUGAAAAAGGUUGAACUUCCGGUUUGGACCAAAGAAAAAUGUCAGGCUGACCUGAGAAAAACUCGCUUGGGCCCGAGAUUUGCUCUGCAUAAUAGCUUUACGUGCGCAGGGGGAGAGGAAGGCAAGGACACUUGUACCGGUGAUGGCGGCUCUCCUUUAGUCUGCGAAGAUGUCGAUCAACCGAAUAAGUAUUACCAGGCAGGAAUUGUAGCCUGGGGCGUUGGAUGUGGGCAGGCAGGAGUUCCCGGGGUGUACACCAAAAAUAGUUUGUACACCAAUUGGAUACAGCAACAGCUUGAAGUUAGAAACUCCGACAACCUCAACUCCGACAAACUCAACUCCGACAACCCCAACUACGACUACUAACAAGCACCUCUUUGCUUAUGUGGCAAGCUUAGUAAAACUCUAGGGAUUGAUUUUAAAGCUAACCAACGAACGAGAAAGCAAAAUGCUGCUCUUGAUGAUAAAAUACUACACGAAUAUAUAUUUAAGUGGACUGAAAGGAUUUCAAAUCAAUGUAUGUACCCGAGCAGACUUAAUUUUGCUAUCAUGCCUUGAAUGUAAAGUUUGGGAUUAUUUUGCCUGAAUAAAUGAGACUUUCCGUAAA